CCCUCCCGCAGACCGCGGGCACCAGCGCACCGAAGCUGCGGGCCCUGGCCGCCGAGGCAGCAUGGCCCGGCCCGUGCAACUGGCGCCAGGUUCCUUGGCGCUGGUGCUGUGCAGGCUGGAGGCGCAGGAGGAGGCGGAGGGUGCGGAGGAGCCUGGCGGGCGCGCUGUGUUCCGCGCCUUCCGAAGAGCCAACGCGCGCUGCUUCUGGAACUCGCGGCUGGCGCGCGCCGCCUCGCGGCUGGCCUUCCAGGGCUGGCUGCGGCGCGGGGUGCUGCUGGUGCACGCGCCUCCCGCCAGCCUGCAGGUGCUGCGCGACGCCUGGUGUCGCCGGGCCCUGCGCCCGCCGCGGGGCUUUCGCAUCCUGGCGGUGGGUGAUGUCUUUCCAGUGCAAAUGAAUCCAAUAGCUCAAUCUCAGUUUAUACCUUUGGCUGAAGUUCUCUGCUGUGCUAUAUCUGAUAUGAAUGCUAAUCAGAUUGUAGUAACACAAGAAUCACUGUUGGAACAUUUGAUGAAACAUUACCCAGGCAUUGCAAUUCCAUCUCGAGAUAUUCUUUAUACCACUCUGGGAACUCUCAUUAAAGAACGGAAGAUUUAUCAUACUGGAGAAGGAUACUUCAUAGUUACUCCUCAGACUUACUUCAUCACAAAUACAACCCCCCAAGAAAACAAGAGAGUUCUGUCAGAUGAAAAUUCCCAGAUGCCAACUUCCAUUACAUAUCUGGUGAACAUGGGCAGCUGUGCAGAGUUAGCCAGAGAAAAUGCAGCCCUCGUUUCCCAUUGCCAUUCUUGCCGGUGUUUCCUCGAUGCAUGCGCUCAGGAUGUCCAGCAGUCACCAGCUGCUGCAGAAGUAACUAGCAAAGGGCAGAAAGGGCUUGUGGAAUCCAAAUCUUUGGUGCACAACCAAGCAGUUUCAGUGUCUGAGGAGAAUCACGUCUGUGAGAGUAUCAAACCUUUGCCACACACAAAAGACAGAGAAAAAGCCAAGAAGUUUGGCUUUAACCUCUUCUGGCGCAAUAUAUCCAGAAAGGAGAAGUCCAGAAUAGCGCACAGCAGUUUCUCUGCCCAGUUCCCACCAGAAGAAUGGCCCGUCCGAGAUGAAGAUAACAUGGACAAUAUCCCUCGAGACAUUGAACAUGAGAUAAUCAAACGAAUUAAUCCCAUUCUAACUGUUGACAACUUAAUCAAACAUACUGUCCUAAUGCAAAAGGAUGAAGAACAAAAGAAAAAUAAUAGCCAGGGUACAUCCACUGAUAUGCCGACACUGAGACAUAAGUAUUCUUCAGAAGUGGGAGUUAAGAAAAGGCAGGGCUGGUCUGUAAAACCUCGAAGGCAGGGCCAUUCGCAUAGGGACAGACACAAAGCCAGGGGUCAGGGAAGUGGGCCUCAGCCGGGAAAUGUUAGACUAGAGAAACACCCCAAGCUCCCUGCUACACAGCCUACCUCCAAUAUUGAAAGCCCAAAUGAAGCAGUACUUCAGAAACCACUUGGUGAGAAUCCUUCAGCACUAGGUCCCCAUUUGAUUUACAAAAAGCGAAUCAGUAAUCCUUUCCAGGGUUUGGCUCCCCGAGGGAGCCCAAUAACCAAAGUGCACAGCAUCCAGAAGACCAGUGACUUGGAACCCAGUCAGACUGGACCAAAGGGAAAGCCUUUCGAAAGGUCAAGGUCUUUGGUUUCCUCAAGAAUCUUUGAGAGUGAAGCCAAACAGCUAUAUGGUGAACAGUGUAAUGAUAUACUGAGAGAAGGAUCCACUUAUGUGAAUCACUCUACUGUCAAAUCUAUCAGCGAUGAUUUUAGAGACCACCUCUUAAAUUACUCUCAAUGUAAUGUUUUACAAAAUGGUAGUAAAUGCUGCUCCUUCAGGGAAAGCAUGUUGAGAUGCGAUGUGUAUGGCGGAGAAAAUGAGGCGAUCCCUGAAGUCUCAAGGAAGAGUUAUUCUCAUUUUGACACAUUAGAAGAGACAGAAGAAACACAGCAUGUCCUGCCAUCUGGAAGGUCCUCUUCUUUAGACCAAGCAUCCUCUGCUUGUAGAUUAGUUGACAAUACAAUAUACCAGUUCCAAAAUCUUGGUCUUUUGGAUUACCCAAUUGGUGCAAAACAUUUGAGACAAACUGAGAGACAAGACCGAGACUCUAAAGAAACUCUGAUGGGAAAGACAUGUGUCCAAGAAGCACAGACUGUGUGUCUAGAAAAUGAAGGGCUUUCUGAUGAUGACCAGGCCUUGUAUCAGAAUGAAGUGGAAGGUGAAGAUGGGGCCUGCAGUUCACUCUAUCUGGAUGAGGAUGACUUUUCUGAGAAUGAUGACUUAAUUCAAAUGCUGCCUGACCACAUUCAGUUUUCCUUUCCAGAGGGAAACAAGUGGAAUCACUUAGGAAAACAGAAGGUGACUGGAAGGUCUCUGACUGAGUAUGACAGCAACAUACGGAGGUUUGAGCCUCAGGUGCUUAAAGGAAAUGAACAUUACAAGCUCACUAACCCUGGUGAAAGCCAAAAACCCAACCUUUCUGCUGAAAACUGUAUCCUCAAUUUAGGAAUCCAGUCUGGUUUUAACUAUGAGGAGGAACCCAGUGUAGCUGAACAUGGACAGGCCUCAGUGCCUGACGGUGGAAGUCUAUUUGAUUACUGCAACACAGGGAAAGCCACUUCUGAGGCCGAAGCCCUACAAGGCUCCGUUGAUGACACAGGAGAGAAACCAGUUAGCUGGAGUCAAAGUGCUCAGAGUCAGGAAAUGAGAAAACAGUUCACACACAAGGUGGAACUCUUCAACACUUCACAUAUGCCAGUGUUGGCUCAGGAUGUCCAACCUGAACACAGUCACUUGGAAGGAACAGAAAAUCAGAGCCUGACAGGAGAUAGUGGAAUAGAUUCUCCACGGACACAGAGUCUGGCAUCUAAUAAUUCAGUCAUUUUGGAUGGACUAAAAAGAAGACAAAAUUUACUGCAGAACUUCGAAGGCACAAAGAGCAGUCAAACACUUACAUCCAGUUCCUUACUACAACUAACUCCAGUGAUAAAUGUUUAAUUCUUAUUGUUUUUGAAACUCUUGUAAAAAUGUACAGCAUUAAUAUAUAGUGUUUUAAUCAACUGAAUUUGUAAGAAUUCUCUAAAGCCAAACAUAUAUGUUAUUAAUCUCAUUACAUAUUUUGUUGUAGUUAGCUGGCUUUUUUCCUUUUUGGACAUUGAUUUUUUUGAAGCUUAUUAUAAAUUUAUUGGGGACAUAUAGUUUACAAACAUGGAAUAAUUGCUCUCCUAAUAAAAUGUAAUUAACUUGACUAUCAGAAGACAUUUAUUAGUUUUUCAAAUACAUAAGAUGCUAAUUUACUACCCAGUAGUGAAUUUCUGUACUCACAUCAAUGCUGAGUGUUUAUGGUAAGUGGAUCUCACCAGAUUUCAACACUUAACUCUAGAAAAUAGUGUUUUAGGUGCAUAGAUACUUUGUUUGCAACUAAAGCCUUUUAUCAUCAGCAAGAAUUUAUAUAAAUGUACUGGGUACUGGUACUUUGCAACAAGAAUUCCUUCUAUCCAAUCAUUGCUGCCAAGGAUAUUCUUUGUGACCAGCUUUAACAUGAGGAAAUGGCUGUACACUGUAAUUGAAUGACAAUAUCCGAAAUACCUGUGGCAGCAGGCAUAUGGCUCAACUGUUUCUCUGGCUUCUCCCCAUGUUUGAGGCUCUCCAUAAAAUGGCUUUGAGAAGUCAGGAUGUUCUCAGUGGUGGAGAUAGAAGGGAAGCAGGAUGGCUUGUGAGUAAAAGGGAGAUUCUGAAUUAAGAGAUUUAGAGAAAAGAUGGAAGAUGGCUGAUAGAUAAUUUUCUACAUUUGAUCCUUUUUUUCAUCAUAUAAGACCUACAUAGCCUCGCCAGAAUUUUUUCUGUCAGGUCUUUUCAGACCAAGUAGUAGAAGUCAGUUCUUUUGGGUUUAGGAAACACAUGGAGAAGUCAAGACUGGUUUCAGCAUGUUUGGUAGAUAGUAAUACUGACUUACAGGUGAGGGGAUGUUUCUUCUGAGAGGUUUCUAAAGAUUAUCAAAAGCCUUAGAGCUCAAGGAUGAUUGAAUAGAGAAUACUUUCCAGCUCUCACCAUCCAGGUAACAGUGAAGGCCAGAAUGAUGAAGCUCAGCACUAUGGCAAGCUGCCUCCAGGCCCUGUGAAAGUGCAGAAGACCUGAGAUCAGAUGCACCCCUGUUUCACUGUGGUUGGACCACUCACUCCUGACAGUUGGUUUUCGCGGCUCUGACCAAUCUACCAUGGCAUUCCAAGAUUAACUGUGGUCACUGGGGUAUUAAAAAACCCUGGGCAAAGUACCAAAGGUUAUCUGGAUAGAAAAGCCCUGUGGGGGAGGCAAAGAUUUAGGGGGUCUUACUACAGCUUGGAGUCAGCACCAGUGAAUGGAAGUUAAGAAAAAAAAAGUUCAGCUCAUUAUGAAGAAUUUAUUAGAUAAAACUAUCUGAAGAUGAAGUAGGCAACUCUGUAAACAAAUGGACUUCCCACCAUUUAGAACAUUCAAGCAGAGGCUUCGUGAUCCCUUGAUGGGUAUGUUGUAGAGGUUAUUUCCAGUACUUUUCUUAAAAGUAUGAUAGAACUAGACGAUUUUGAAGAUUCUUUCCAACAGUAGCGUGAAUUAUAUAAAAAUAUAUCCAGUUUUUUAAAAAAGGGGAAAAAAGAUUCACUGAGGAUCUUGUGAAGUCUUGAACUCACUCAAAAUUCCCAAGUACUGCAUCCAGGUCUCCAUGUCUGCACUUUCCCUACCAAUCCUUGGUAAAAGGAGUACCAACUACUCUCUGUGAUCUUGGACCUGGACAAUUUUCUUAAUACAGUGGGGGAUCCAAAGUCUUUUGUGACUCUGGCCACAUCUAGGGACCAAUGAAAUCUAUCUAGUUUUGUCAGAUACAUUUGAUACUCUCUAAAUGUAUUAAAUGAAGCCCAUUAUGAAACCAGUAAACCUCCCUUCUGUAAAACACAACAUAUGACCACAGAUAUUAAAGACGAGUGUAUAUGUUCUUAAAUUCUUGUUUGGGAGAUUAUUCUCUACAGUGGGUGACUUGAAUUUUUUUCCCACUAUUAAUUUUUGUGUGUGGAAAUUUUGCUUAAUGAUCUUCUUUCCCACUUCUGUUUGCUGAGAGAAAACUGUUCUCUUGAAACAACGUCGGUGACCUGAGUUUAGGAGUCAGAUAAGUUUAAAUUGUAAUUCCAAUCCUUCAUAGCUGUCUGAUGGAGAAAGUUACCAAGCUUCCCUAAUUCAUUUUUUCUCAUCUGUAAAGGAAGAUAGUAACAAUAUAUACCUUAUAAGAAUUGUUGUAAGAUUUGAGAAGAAUCUAUUUAAAGUGCCCAAAGCAGGAGGCACCUACUAAUUGUUACAAAUAUAUGUAUGUGUUUUUGUAUAUUUAUUCACAAAACUCAUCUAUACAUGGCCUACUAUAGAGGUCUCUUGUUUUUGUAAGGCUGUCUGGAAAUCCUUCAUUUAGAGAUUCAGUCCUUUAAGAUUAUAGAAAAGUAUCAUUAAGCAAAAUCCAGAUAUUCCUGGGGGAAGUAUUAUGCUUCUGGCUAACAAGUUUUCAGUUAAUUCCUUAUGCUAUACAUAGGAUUAAAACAUGCAAAGCAUGGACUUAUUGUGGCUUGUCACAUAAUGUGAGAUCAUGUUCUUUCUCCUCUUUCAUUUGGGAUCUCAGAUCCCUUGGAAUCCUCAGAGUAGCUGGCUUCUGUAAACAAUUUUCAGUAUUUAAAUAAUCCUAACAGGAACCAUACAUACCCUUUGCCUAACUCCUUGCUAACUGAAAUAUCAGUUUCUUUGCCAGUGGCUAAAAUUACACCUGCUCAGUAAUGCAACCCUAUCACAUGCUGGUGUGACAUUGUUAAGCUUCAUUUGUAUCUUAUUCUUUUAUUAGAAUAAUCAUGAAUCAAUUAUUACUAAAUGCAGUUUAGCAGACUGCUAAAUAUUUAGCAGAAUAUUUCACAGUGUCAGCUCCAUGAGGAAGAGUAGAAAGAGCAGUAGCAGGGAAAAAACUGGGAUCAACUGCAUUUUGAGAAUCCAUCCUACAGUUACCCGAGAAAGCGUUUAAGGAAGGGGGAAGACAGACUACUGCCUAAAAGGAGUGUGGGUGAGACAUGAGAGUCGUGAAACGAGAAUGGCCAAAGGAUACAUCAGAAAGAAACUCAUGACUAUCUUGCUGACCUCUACAGAUCUUGUCUCACUUGAAAUCUUAGAAAUGUGUUCCCUUUUCAGUGGUGAAGGUGAAAGUCACAGCUGUGUGCUCUGUUACCGCAUGGCCUAUCCAGUCCUCGGGAUUCUCCAGGCCAGGAUACUGGAGUGGGUAACCAUUCCCUUCUCCAGGGGAUCUUCCCAACCC